AAUAUAUUCACUCCAGAUAUAUAUAAUAAAAAAUUGUCAAAAAUAAUUGAAGAAAGGCUGCCCAUGUGGGCACUUCCAAGUAAUCUCCAGAAUCGAUGCUUCAAAUACAUUGGAUGUUUACUAAACAACACAUAUAUGAACAAACAAACACCCACAAAAUAAGAUCAGAAGACCCAAUCUUUGUUAUAAACACACAACUUAUCUCUUUUUAGAAUCUCUUGUCUUACGUUUUUUUAAAACUUUCUAGUCUUUCUCUUACUUUUUUCAAUCUCUAGUUUGAAAAGGAAAUGGAUCUUGUAAGUUCGAGUGAAUUACUUAUUGAUGAUCUUUUAGAAGAUUACUGGUUCUUUGAGAACUUAUUUACCAGGAGAUCGAGAGCCUUAAGGUAUUGUCACUCAGAUCCUUACCCUUCUUCUUCUUCUUUGACUUCUCCUGAAAAAACGGGAGAGUCGGAUGAGAGGAAGUCUCUAGAAGCUUCCACAGGGCGAUGUUUGAUCAGGGCAGCUUCUAUAGAUGGAAGAGAAGGAGGAUCCGAGACGAAGCAGUUGUCUGAAAAUAUUAGGGUUCAAGAACAGACACCAGUUGGGUCUUUCUUGCAUAAGAAGGAACCUGUGGUUCUUCCUAAAUCUGGAUCUCGGUCGGCUCCGGGGAAGAUUCAAGAACCUUCCACAGAGCGCAGUUUGAUCCGGGCACCUUCUUUGCCACCUCGGAUAGACAGAAAAGAAAUGGAUUUAGAGGCAAAGAAGUUGAUUAAUAAGCUGACUCGGCAGUUCUCUGAGAAGAUUAGGGUUCUAGACCCGGCGACAAGGAGUGAUCGUUUCUUGCAGAAGAAGAGAACUAUGGUUCCAGAGAAAGGCAGUAGUGAGAGAAACAGAAGAGGUGGUAGUAGUAGCAGUAUCAAGUUUAGUUUGCAAAGAACUCAAACGAUGCCAAAUAACAUUAGAAGAGGAGAAGAUGAACUCGAAGAUCAAGAAACUGACUCAAGAAUGGGUUUCUUGAUACGUGAAGCUCUCGCAAGCUCACAAAAUGUUCAAAAGGUUUCAGGCAAUCAAAGGCAGAGACCACCAAUAAACUUGAGGUCAGAAGCAACUGUUUUGGUCAAACAAACAAGCCCAAGACCCAAAACGCUGCGUAAAACGGUAAGCAGCAUAGAAACAACCAAAGAGAUCCAAGGUUAUGAUGACCAAAUGGUCGAGCCACGUGUUGUGAACGGGUUAGCUACACCACCUAGGGUUCCCAAGGAUUCGAGGAAAGAAAUGAAGGAUCAGAUCAAGUUUUGGGCUCGAGCUGUAGCUAGUAAUGUCCGACAAGAGUGCUGAAAACUCUUCUAAUAACACUAAUUAACUCUGUUCUUGUAUGACACUAUUCCGUACAGAUGAUUCUUAUCUUGAACUCGUAGUGUUUAAUUUCUUUCUAAUCCUCCUGAGAUAAUGAGAUUCUUCUGUUUAUGUGA